GCGUGCAGGUGAAAGGUAGUUAGAGUGAACAGGGUAUGGAUUAAAAUCGACCUCACCUGCGGUCACAAUACACCACCUGCCAGCAGUAAACUACCAACAGGGAGUUCAGGAUAACGAAUUGUGAAAAGCGUGGUAGCUUCGUACAAUAGUCUUUCUAAAUAAUGCAACGGAAGUAGCGAAACAUUAAAAGGCAAAAUGUUGCGCUCUAGAUCGCAAGGCAACGUUUGGGAACACGAAGCGAAAUUCGUACAGGAUCGUAUAUCCAAUGUGGAAAAACAUUUCGCUGAACUGUGCGCAUCGUUUGCAGCGUACACUAGAAAAGCUGCGAGAUUACGCGACAAAGGAGACGAAGUUGCGAAAACGAUACAGACUUACGCGCAAUCGGAAACUGUAAAUCGAUCGCUCACGACCGGAUUAACGAAUUUCUCGGCAACUUUAUCGGUAAUAGGAGAUUACAGGGAUGCCGAGGUGCAACGAUUCGAUGCGAAAAUAAUUGCUCCCCUUUCUCAAUACGCGUCGAUUUGCAAAAAUGCUCGCGACGAUGUUAAAAAUACUUUUACAGCUCGUGAUAAGGAGUUAACGAGGAAAAGGCAUUUAGACAGACUGAGAGAACGAAAUCCUAGAAACAGACAAAUGAUCUCGCAAGCCGAGUCGGAGCUGAUGAAAGCUUCUGUUGAAGUUUCAAGGGUUGUAAAAGGUUUAGAAGAACAAAUCGAUUCGUUUGAAAAACGAAAGCUGCGCGAUCUGAAAACUGUGCUUUUAGAUUUCAUUAUUAUUGAGAUCAGUUUUCACGCGAAAUCCCUCGAACUGUUGACGAAGGCUUAUCAAGAUAUCGCUGAAAUUGAUGAGGCUAAAGAUUUAGAGGACUUUCAAACGAUAAGAGGAAACAUGAACGGGGAAUUUCGCGAUGUGAUGCGGGUACCAGAUUCUAUUGCCAGAUUAUCUACCGUUGGACGAACUUCGUUCAGACAAGCAUAUUCUCUCACCAAUUUAGCCAGUCGUUUUACAUCAUCUCCAAUGGUUCCACAAAAAUUAGUUAGUCAUACUACCGAUUCUAUAGAUUCUGCAAAAUCCAGUUUAAAAACAAAUUCUUCAGAAUCAGUACAAAUUGAAGAAUAUGGUGAUAGUUCAGAAGAAACAGAAUCUGAAUCCAUUAAAGAAAAACCUAUGAAAUUUCAUGAAGACUCUGGUCGCAAAACUUUAACAUGGUUUACAUUUAAAACAAUACCACCUGUUCCUGCAUACCAGAAGUCUUUAACAAUUCCUAUGACCAUUAAUCAUGAAUGAUAUGCAUAUUUUACUAUUUAAUAAUAAAGUAUAUU